UUGCAAAUAUCUCAGCAUUAUAGAAGAAAAGAAGGUCUUUUGGUUGACAGCGCCAAUUCGGCAGAGUUCUUGCGACUGAACAUCGGCGGCCAACAGUUUUUGCUGUUGAAGGAGACGAUAUUCGCAAGAAAAGUCGGACGUCUGGUAUGGUUGCUGGACUUGACAACGAUAUCCGAACGACUCUCAUUAGCCGAUGCGUACUUCUCCUCCACAAACGAGUACUAUUUUGAGCGACCGCCAGCCUUGUUUCAUAUCAUUUAUCAGUUUUAUAUGACUGGACAAAUUCAUCAACCAUCACAUCUUUGUCCAAACGACAUAUUGGACGAGUUGGACUACUGGGGGAUCGUCCCCGACGACUGCCUAAAUGACCUCGAUUCAUUGUCGUCGUUUACGUCUGAGGAAUCACUGAACCUCUUCAAGCACGUGCGAUUCGGCGCAUUACGGAAAAGAAUUUGGUGUAUGAUUGAGCAGCCAAGUAGUUCUGGUUGUGCACAGGUGUUCGCCACAUUUUCUGUGCUGUUCGUGUUGAUAUCAAUUUCCGGACUCGUGCUUGGCUCAUUGCCAGAUCUACAGAUUCCUAUACAGAAAAACACGACGGAAGGACUUCUAAUCGACAUGGAACCGCAUCCGGCUUUAGGUUACAUUGAAUAUGUGUGCAUUGCAUGGUUCAUACUAGAAUACGGCAUGAAAAUGUUGGUGACAUCCAAUCGACGGAAAACGGUGUUCCAAUUGCUAAACAUCAUCGAUUUGAUGACAAUUCUACCGUUUAUCUUCGAAAUGAUGUUGUUCCUACUUGGUUUCAACACGAAUCAGUUAAGGGAUCUCAAGGGUGCGUUUCUGGUCAUUCGAAUUUUACGGGUUCUGCGAGUGAUUCGGGUAUUGAAGCUCGGACGAUAUAGUAGCGGAUUGCAGAUGUUUGGAAAAACGCUCCAGUCGUCUUUUCGUCAACUGGGAAUGAUGGCGAUGGUUGUGUUUACGGGUGUGAUUUUCUUCUCAACAUUGGUGUAUUUUCUCGAAAAAGACGAACCAGGUUCACAGUUCUAUUCCAUUCCGGCUGCAUGUUGGUGGUAG